AUGCGGAUAUUAUGACCGAGCGAACGCACCUCCCACGUAUAAAUGCCCACCGGUUGACGAUUCCUCAUUUCUUCUUUUCAGUCUAGUCUUGCUCCUUAUUUUUCACGCCAACGCACGAUCCGUUCGUGCUCUCCGACGCUACCAAGAUCUACUGCUUGCAGGGUUGAGAAGCUAGAAAGAGUAAUGGGGUUGACAUUCACAAAGCUUUUCAGUCGGCUUUUUGCCAAGAAGGAGAUGCGUAUUCUUAUGGUUGGUCUUGAUGCUGCUGGUAAAACUACCAUCCUGUACAAGCUGAAACUUGGAGAGAUUGUCACUACUAUUCCUACCAUUGGCUUUAAUGUGGAGACUGUUGAGUACAAGAACAUCAGCUUCACUGUUUGGGAUGUCGGGGGUCAGGACAAGAUCCGUCCAUUAUGGAGGCACUAUUUCCAAAAUACCCAAGGGCUCAUCUUUGUGGUGGACAGCAAUGAUAGAGACCGUGUUGUCGAGGCAAGGGAUGAAUUGCACAGGAUGUUGAAUGAGGAUGAGCUGAGAGAUGCUGUAUUACUUGUAUUUGCAAACAAACAAGAUCUUCCUAAUGCAAUGAAUGCUGCUGAAAUAACUGACAAGCUCGGCCUACACUCCCUCAGGCAGCGCCAUUGGUACAUCCAGAGCACCUGUGCUACCUCAGGGGAAGGUCUCUAUGAGGGACUCGACUGGCUCUCCAACAAUAUAGCCAACAAGAGUUAAAAGCAGAUGGGCUCUUUUGGAGUUCUCCACAACCUCCUCUACUUUUUGGUGUCAUAUUCUUUAGCUAUGUGUGUGUGUGUAUUUUCGGUUUGUUAUUAUUUUUGGUUUGUACGUGGUGGCUGUGUUUUUGGUUGGACCUUUGAAUAUGGCUGUACAAGUCAAUAGUGUUUGUUUCACAUAUUUGCAGAACUGAAGACAUUAUACUACUCUACUACCAUAUUAUCAUCCUUCAAUUGUGGGGGCCCCACUA